AUGCGGCUGUUUUUGCUCUCCUUCGUUGCCACCUUUCCCUUGGCGAAGUGUACCUUUUACCCGUCUUGUGAGAGUGAAAUAUACUGUACAGGUGAGAUCUUAAAACAGGUGCAGAUGGCUAAGCUGUACGAUGAUGACAAGUACUUUGUGGACAUGAAGCUCAGAGAUGCGCCUGAUGUUGCCUUGGAAGCCUUUCGCAAUUUGACAUCUACGUCUCCAGAAGGGACCUUGAACUUCUCACAGCUGCGGGAGUUUCUCAACAAGUACUUUGAACCACCUGAGCAGGAGUUUGAACCAUGGACUCCACUCGACUGGAAGGAAAAUCCGCAGUUCUUGUUGAGGAUAGCAGACAAAGAGCUGAGGGACUGGGCUGAGAAGCUGCAUAACCUCUGGAAGUCUCUGGGGCGCAAGAUCCGUGCGGGGGUGAAGGAGCACCCCGAGCUGUACUCCCUGAUCUCCACACCUCACCCUGUUGUUGUGCCGGGGGGGCGCUUCAGGGAGCUCUACUACUGGGACUCCUACUGGGUGAUCAACGGCCUGCUCCUGUCUGACAUGCAGAACACGACCAGGGGGAUGAUUGAGAACUUCCUUUACCUUGUUGACAGGUACGGCUUUGUUCCGAACGGUGGCCGCGUGUACUAUGAGCGCCGCAGCCAGCCCCCCUUCCUCACACUCAUGGUGGAGAGUUAUUAUCAGGCCACCAAGGACAGGAGUUUUCUCAGGACUGCAUUGCCUGUUCUGGAGAAGGAGUACAAGUUCUGGAUGGAGAAUCGCUCUGUUGUCGUGGCAGUGGGUGGAAAUCAGUACCUUUUGAACCGCUACGCUGUACAGGUGGCUCAACCCAGGCCCGAGUCCUACUCGGAUGAUGUGGAGCUGGCUGAAGGCUUAACUGAAGAGGCUCAGCAGCAGCUCUACAUGGAGAUGAACUCGGGGGCUGAGUCUGGCUGGGACUUCUCCUCCCGCUGGUUUUUAGAUGGCCAGGGCCAGAACUCCCUGAAAGACACACGCACCAGCCACAUCCUCCCAGUGGACCUCAAUGCUCUGCUCUGCCGCAACGAGGGGCUGCUGGCCUCCUUCCACAGACUUGUGGGUGAAACAACUUCAGCUGAACAUUAUGAAAAAGCCCGUGGUGAGCGGCUGAAGGCCAUAGAAGCUUUACUCUGGGACCCGGAGAGAAACAGCUGGUUCGACUACAGCCUGGUGACCAAUACUUCCCGUACUGCCUUUCACCCCACCAAUCUGGCACCCUUGUGGGCGCAGUGCUACUCCACGCCCAGCAUGGGUGAGCAGGCCCUUCAGUACCUGGAGGACAGCGGAGCUCUAAAGUACCAAAAUGGAGUGCCAUCAUCCAUGACCGCCAGCGGGCAGCAGUGGGACUUCCCCAACGCCUGGCCUCCUCUCCAGCACAUGCUCAUUGAGGGUCUGUCAAAUCUGAACACAACUAAGGCAAAGGAAGUAGCCUUUGAUUUGGCCCAGAGAUGGAUAAGAACCAACUGGUUAGCCUACGUGAAAUACGGUCACAUGUAUGAGAAGUACAGCGUUGAAGGAGAUGGCAAACCUGGCGGAGGAGGUGAAUAUGAGGUGCAGUUGGGGUUUGGUUGGACCAACGGUGUGGCCAUGCAGCUCUUGGACCAGUACGGUGACAAGCUCUCAGGAUGCACUCGUCUCAGCUCUUCCUUUGCUCUCGGACUCCUCUGCAUUGCUCUUCUAACAUGCCUAUGA